AUGGCGCAGAAGAGCUGCAAGGAACAGGGAAAUAAGGAAUUCAACGGGAGAAGGAAUCACAGUGACCUUGAAGGGGCCUGCUCCGGGCACAGGCGGGAUGACCUGCUGGUGGGUGCCCCCCUGUACAUGGCCCGGCGCCCCGACGGGCAGCGCAGCGAGCUGGGGCGGCUCUACCUCUACCUGGGCGGGGGGCACCAGCUCCUCUCCCGGCCCCCCCAGACCCUGACGGGCACCCACCCCUACGGCCGCUUCGCCGCCGCCAUCGCCAGCCUGGGGGACCUGGACAAGGACGGCUUCGGCGACGUGGCCGUGGGUGCCCCGCAGGGCGGUGACGAUGGCAGAGGGCAGGUCUUCAUCUUCCGCGGGCAGAGCGAGGGGCUGGAGCCGGUGCCCACCCAGCGCCUCGACAGCCCCUUCCCCGGCCCCGCCGCCUUCGGCUUCGCCCUGCGAGGGGGCACCGACCUGGACGGCAACGGCUACCCGGAUCUGCUGGUCGGCGCUUACGGGGCGGCCAAGGUGGCCGUGUACCGGGGACAGCCCGUGGUGGUGGCCCACACCCAGCUGAGUGUCCCCGAUGGGCUGAACCCUGAGGUCCUGGCCUGUGUCCUGCCCGACGCCGAUAUCCGUGUCAGCUGCUUCCACGUGGUGUUUUGUGUCAGCGUGACGGGCCAGCACAUCCCCUCGGCCAUCCACCUGGAGGCUGAGCUGCAGCUGGACCGGCUGAAGCCCCGGCUGUCCCGGAGGGUCCUGCUGCUGCAGGGACACCAGGCGUCCUGGCGGGAGCAGCUGUUGGUGACACCGGGGACACGCCCCCAGUGCCGCAACCUCACCGCCUACCUGCGGGACGAGGCCGAGUUCAAGGACAAGCUGAGCCCGGUGGCCCUGAGCGUGGCCCUGGCACUGCCCCGGGAGGCCCCGGGGCUGGUGCUGUACGGGAACACCCUGGUGCAGGCACAGACCCACAUCAUCCUGGAGGACUGUGGUGAGGACAAUCUCUGCAUCCCCGACCUCCACCUGGCCGCUGACACCCCCAGCCAGCGCCUGCUGAUCGGGGCGGAGGCUGCGCUGCGCCUGCGGGCCCACGCCUUCAACGCGGGAGAAGGCGCCUUCGAGGCCGAGCUGAGGGUGCAGCUGCCCCCUGGCACCCACUACCAGGCAGCCCGGAGCACCAUCCCGGGGCAGGAGAAGCUGAGCUGCAACCCCAAGAAGGAGAAUGGGACCCACGUGGUGCUCUGCGAGCUGGGCAACCCCAUGAAAGCGGGGGCCCGGAUCACCGUGGACAUGGAGCUGAGCGUGUCGGGGCUGGAGGACAUGGGGGAUGCCAUCACCUUCCAGCUCCAGCUGCGGAGCAAGAACAGCCCCAGCCCCACCAAUGCUUCGGUGACAGUGACGGUGCCCGUGGAGGCUCAGGCAGAGAUGGAGCUGCGAGGCAACUCCCUGCCAGACACCACGGUGCUGCCCACGAGCUGGCAGGGGGUGGAGGGCAGCCGGCGGCUCGAGGACCACGGCAUCAAGGUGGAGCACGUUUAUGAGCUCCACAACAAGGGUCCCAGCACCGUCAGCGGGGUCACCCUGCGCCUCGCUGUUCCCCACCAGCUGGGCGGCCACAUCCUUCUCUACCUGCUGGAGCUGGGCACCGAGGGGGGCAUGAACUGCACCCACCACCCCGCCCUCAACCCCGCCCAGCUGGAGAUCCCCCGUCCCACGGGAGCAGCGCCCAGGAACGGCACCCGCCAGCGGGAGCGCCGGGAGGCGGAGGAGCCCCCCGGGGUGGGGCUGGGGGAGCCGGUCCCCGUGGACUGUGACAAUGCCACCUGCGUGGACGUCACCUGCCACGUGCCCAGCCUGGGCAAGGACCAGCGGGCACUGGUCAGUGUCCACGCCCUGCUCUGGAUGGACACCCUGCAGCAGCGGGAGCACCUCCUGUCGCAGUUCCUCAUCCAGUCCCAGGCGUGGUUCAGCACCUCGGCCAUGCCCUACCGGGUCCAGCCCCGCGUCCUGCCCUCCGGCAACACCACGGCUGUCACUCGGGUCGUUCGUGCCAGCCCCGGGGGCAAGGGGGCUGUGCCGGUGUGGGGGGUGGUGCUGGGGGUCCUGGCCGGGCUCCUGCUCCUCACCCUCCUCAGCCUCUUCAUGUGGAAGAUGGGUUUCUUCAAGAGGACACGGCCGCCCACUGAGGGGGACACACAGGAGCCCGGCCAGGCCCAGGAGCCCGGGAGUGCCCAGGGCUAG